AUGACCAAUCCGAACCGCGAUCCGCGACUUCUCCGAACAAUGGCAUCUCCAGCAUCUCCAAUACUUCACCUCCGUAACCCAAACUGCCUCCCUCGCCCUCGCCGCCGGUUCCCACGAGUCGCCAUGGACCGCAACAGUCCACAUCGUAUGGUGGAUCCCCUUCUCGCCCUCGCCCUCGCAACAAUCCUCAUCCUCACCUUCAACUUCAUCAAAGGCCACCCGCUAGGCAUAUCCGGGCGUCUUUCGCGCCUUCUUCGGAGGGGGAUGAAAAUCGAACAGGACACCGUCUACUUUUGCGGGUGGGCCAUGGUCUUCCUUUGGGGCGCCUACACCAACGCGGCACUCCAGCUUAGUGGGAUUUUCAGAUCCAGGGUCUCCAAGGUGUGGUUUACGUGCUUGGUCGGCAUGUUGGUCUUGGUCUGGCUUUGGAAUGUCGGGUUGACGGUGAAGUUGCUGUCUGGUAAAUUAAAGCUAGGGGAUGGAAUACUUUCUUCUGCACUGCCGACUAAUUUCAAACUUCUCAGCCGUAAUCCGGAGAUCAGAAAUCGAAGGGAGCUGCUCUAA